CUCCAAUUGACUCAAAUUAUAUCAAUUAGCCUACCAGAAGCUUCUAAAGCCAUGACAUACUUUUCUGGAAUUUUCCAAGCUGUUUAAAAGCACAGUCAACUUAGUGUAUGUAAAGUUCUGACCCACUGGAAUUGUGAUUAAGUGAAAUAAUCUGUCUGUCAACAAUUGUUGGAAAAUGACUUGUGUCAUGCACAAAGUAGAUGUCCUAACCGACUUGCCAAAACUAUAGUUUGUUAACAAGAAAUUUGUGGAGUGGUUGAAAAACAAGUUUUAAUCUCCAACCUAAGUGUAUGUAAACUUCAACUGUAAGUAGAGCGCCAGAGAGUGAGGGAGUGAACUUUCUUUGAGGCAUUGUAAUUGAGAUUGUCACCUGUAGAAUUACAUUUACUAGAACAGCCAUGCCCAUUCAAGUCAACAUUCCAGGACAGUUGGACCAGCAACCAUCAACUAAACUGACAUUACAUGUGCCACAUCAAAUUGCCACACCAGCUCUGUCAGGAGGAAUGGGCUAAAAUUCACCCAAUUUAUUGUGGGAAGCUUGUGGAAGACUACCCGAAACAUUGGACCCAAGUUAAGCAAUUUAAAGGCAAUGCUACCGAAUACUAAUUGAGUGUAUGUCAAUUUCUGACCCACUGGGAAUGUGAUUAAUAAAUAAUUCUCUACUAUUAUUCUGCCAUUUCACAUUCUUAAAAUAAAGUGGUGAUCCUAACUGACCUAAGACAGGGAAUGUUUACUAGAAUUAAAUGUCAGGAAUUGUGAAAAACUGUAUUUAAAUGUAUUUGUCUAAGGUGUAUGUAAACUUCAGACUUCAACUGUAUGUGCUGGCCAUACCUGAUAUCUGAGAUGUGAGUCCACAGAUCCAGGAAGUGAAAUGUUAUAGGUCCGUGAAAGCCACUCCUACUCUGCAAACAAGAAACUAAACGUAUCUCUGACACUCAGUCUUUUUAUGUGUUUCAAAAUGGCAGAAGCCAUGGACUCGAUCAGUUGUUCGAUCUGUUUGGAGAUACUAAAAGAUCCAGUGACUAUUCCCUGUGGACACAGCUACUGUAUUGGUUGUAUUAGAGGCUACUGGGAUCAGGAAGAUCAGAAGCUUGUCUGCAGCUGCCCCCAGUGCAGACAGACCUUCAACCCAAGGCCUUUUCUGAACAGAAACACAGUUAUGGCUGAAAUGGUGAAGACACUGACGGAAAAAAUACUAAAAAGAAGAAGAAGAAGAAGACAACUCCAAACUGCUCCUCCUGCUCACUGUUAUGCUGGACCUGGAGAUGUUGAGUGUGACGUCUGCACUGGGACAAAAUUAAAAGCUGUCAAGUUCUGUCUGGUGUGUCUGGCCUCUUACUGUGAGACACACCUCCAGCCUCACUAUGAAUCUCCUGCCUUUAAGAAGCACAAGAUGGUCAAGGCCUCCACACAACUCCAGGAGAAGAUCUGCUCUCAUCAUGACAAACUACUGGAGGUUUACUGCCGGACAGAUCAGCAAUGUAUCUGUCAUCUGUGUAUGUUGGAUAAACAUAAAGGCCAUGAUACAGUCUCUGCUGCAGCCGAAAUAGCUGAAAAACAAAGGCAGUUGGGGGAGAAAUCUAAGCAGAGAAUCAAGGAGAGAGAGAAGGAGAUGCUGGAGGUGAGACAGGCUGUGAAGUCAUUCAAGCACUCUACACAGGCAGCAGUUGAGAGUAGUGAGAAGAUCUUUAAUGAACUGAUCCGCUCCAUUGAGGGAAGGCGCACUGAGGUGAAGGAGCUUAUCAGAGCCCAGGAGAAGGCUAAUGUGAGUCGGGCUGAAGGACUCCUGAAGCAGCUGGAGCAGGAGGUGGCUGAGCUGAAGAGGAGAGAGGCUGUGCUGGAGCAGCUUUCACACACAGAGGAUCACAUCCAUUUCCUCCAGAGUUUCCAGUCUCUCUGUGUCCCUCCUGGGUCUGAGGCCUUACCCAGCAUCACUAUCAACCAUCACGUCUCCUUUGAGGAUGUUAUGAAAUCUGUCUCUGAGCUGAGAAACCGACUUGAAGAUAUCUGCGCUGGAGAGAUAAUUAUGUUGUCUGUACAAAUGUCAGGACUUCACAUUGUCCCACCUCCUGUGCCCAGGACCAGAGAAGAGUUCUUGAAAUAUUAUUGCCAGCUGACUUUGGAUCCCAACACACCAACUCAACGUUUGUAUCUGUCUGAAGAGAACACAAAGGUGGCAUACAGUCUUGAGCGCCAGAUCAUAUAUCCUCACAAUCCAGAAAGAUUUCAGAUGUGGCACCAGGUGCUGUGUAAAGAGGGUCUGUCUGGGGCAUGCUACUGGGAGGUAGAGUGGAGUGGGAUGGUUACUAUAGCGGUCUCAUAUAAAGGGAUCAAGAGGCACGGUGGAACAGAGUGUUGGUUUGGGAACAAUGAUAAGUCCUGGUGUUUGGUAUGUUAUUCAGAUGGCUGCUCUAUCAGGCACAAUAUGGCACCAUUUGAGUCACGUUUGGGAUUUAAAAGGGACUUUGAUAAGGACUUUACAAAAGAGAUUAAAAUCCCUGUCGCGCCCUCCUCCAGAGUAGGAGUGUACCUGGACCACAGUGCAGGAACUCUGUCCUUCUACAGCGUCUCUGACACAAUGACCCUCCUCCACAGAGUCCAGACCACAUUUACUGAACCCCUUUAUCCUGGGUUCUAUUGUAGUUGUCAUUCAUCCGUGAAGAUAAUUCCUUUGCCUUAACACUACAUGUGUCCAAUCUUCACAUACCAAAAAAAUAAAUCAUCAUAAUUUACUGUAAAUCUGAUACAUUAAAAAAGGACACUAAAGAAAUUAUCAACAAGAAUCAAAUUUGACAACUCAUUUUUAUGUAAAUGUAAAAUGACAAUGAGUAACAUUUUCUGAUUUGAAAUGCAAAAAGCAACUGUGUUACUUACAGUGACAGCAAGAUGUAUCUCCACUUGAGAUGAGAUGGUGGAGAUCAUUUAUGCAGACCUAAAGUAAAGUCAACAAUGCAUGGAAUUAAAUUAUGUGUUGUGGAUUAUUAACGGUUUGAAAUGUUAUGACUUUUUGGUAAACUCCCUUGUAACCUUUGAGGGCUGGUUAGUGGACAGAAAAGGUAGUCGUCACCUUUAGAGAAGAACAAAUUGCUUUAUCAAACCAGGAGGACAGCAGGGAGUCAGAAAGCUGAAUUUAUUGGCUGUCUCUAAAAAUGUUACUAGCUGUCUCAAAUCUCAUUGGAGGAGAAGGUCAGAGAGAAUAACCUCCUGGAUCCUCUCUUCCAAUGUGCUUUGAGAGGAAUUUAGAAAACCAGGAUAGAGGAAGCAAGGGUAUGACAGCUAGUAACAUUUUCAGACACAUCCAUUGCAUCUAAUCUCUUUAUUUUUCAAGCAGCAAACAAACUUGAUUUUAUGAGGCAAAUCAUGCUGGAUUUGUUUUGCUGGAUCGCUCUCUCUUUCUGAAAGCUGCCUAUUCCUGUCUUUCGCUCAGUGCUCUCGGGCUUUUUAAUUAUUUGAACUAAACCCCCACCAGUGCUUAGGCUUUGAUUGCAAAGCUUUAUAUUUGACUAAAUUAAAAAAGUGGGGGAAACACUGUCUAGGCAAGAGUGUAUUUUAAGUAGAAACACGCAGAAUAGCGUGUGUGUAAAGCUCUCAUUGAGCAAUCACCACCAGGAGAUUGAACUGCACAGCAAAUAAAAAAUCCUCAAUCUUG